AUGACCGGCUGGAGAAUGCAGCCGACUGCAUCGGCGCUCGGCGUCAUCGCCAUUGUCUCCGUCAUGAUCACUAUCACUGCUUCCGAGUCAAACAGCGAGCUGGAGCGCAGCACGAGCCACCCCGAAGUGGAGGAGGAUGACGUGCAGAGGAACGAGUCCGGCAUCUUCAAGAACGACACCGAGGUGCAAGACCCUCGGCUUCCGUCACUGUUCGAGGACUCGUCGAACGCGUCGCGGGUCGAAGAGAUCAGCGUCGAGUUACAAAGGGAUCAAAGUGCCGCGGCUGAACAGAACGGCGUGCACGAAGUAGAGCGCGACCCCGAAGAGUCGGAGCAGAGAGGCAUAGACCGCAGCAGCGAGAGUAAAAUACAAGCCAUAAGUAGGUUACUGCCAACCUCGACCGAGUCCGAUCGAGGCAGCGUCGGCACAGCUCCCUCGAAGAGCGACGACGAGUUAAAUCGCGUCCAAGUGGACGAGCAAGCGUCUCCAAAGACUUUGGAGCAUGAAGGUGAGAUAACAAAUGGUUUGAAACCGGAGGGACAGAGCAAAGACUCGGUGACCGUCGCGACAACGUCCGUCCGGGAAACGGCGUCGACGGAGUCGAGGCAGAUCGAGCAGAAGAACGUGGAGGACAUCAAGGCGAUCUCGUUCAAAGUGCCGGUCGCCGGAGAGGAGAAACAAGAGACGCAACAACAGGAACAGCCGAGAAAUCCAGGGGAAACAAGGAAGGAUCAUUCCAGACCGGUGAACAAUCUUCUGUUACCCGGAGGCAAGUCCACCAAGGGUUUCUACGAGAUAAAACCCUCGAUCAAGACCGAAAUGGAGAACGAUCUGACUGCCAGCAGCACCCAGAGAUCCCUGUCCGGGAAAAAGUUCGUGUUACCCAGCGUGGACAGCGCGUUUGGCAAGUUUGGCCCUUAUUUCGAGGACGGCGAUCAGGAUAUGAAUAUCACUGCCAGGAUUGGGAGCAAGAUGCUGCUCGAUUGCAAGAUCGGAAUGCUUGGGGACAAGGAGGUGACAUGGCUGCAACAACACAGCAAGGAUUCCCUUCGACUGCUCACAGUCGGAAAGAAACCGUACAGUAUCGAUCAGAGGAUCAGCUUGAACUUUCGGUACCCGAGCAACUGGAGAUUACAGAUCCUCUACGCUACUCCUAGGGAUUCUGGGUUGUACAAGUGCCAGGUUGCCACGCAUCCUCCUUUGGUUAAAAAAAUUAACGUCGUCGUCACGGCGCCGGAAUUGACAAUAACGGACGAUUCUGGUCGAGUUGUGCCUAAAGAGAGACACCUGAAGGCGGGAAGCGCUCUGAAGCUCAGGUGCGAAGCUAGGGACGUCAUGGAAUCACUGAACGAGGCGGUUGUUUGGACUAGAGGGGAUGAGACGCUCUCGGAAGACGUUAGCGAGAACAGGACGACGGAGAUCUCGUCCGGCAAGGAGGUCCUCGUGAUCGUCAGCACCCUGAUCGUCGAGAGAGCCAGCCCCAGGCAUGCUGGAAACUAUAGCUGCGUGGUGCCGGGCAAAGCGAAAACCACCAUAGCGGUCCACGUACUCAACGGAGAGCUACCAGCCGCAGUGCACGACGGUAACGGGGUCUCCAGGGCGUUUCUGAACCUCUGGCUAAUCCACUUAACCAUAAGCUACGUCUUCUCUAGAUGA